AUGGUUGGAACCGAAGUGUCCCUACGCAUCCGAAGAGAAAUCAGAGAUGGGAAAUUCCAAGUGGCGACAACUAUAAUCUUGUGUUUAUCAGUUGCGUUCAUUGUGUUAGUGUUGGGCAUGAUCAUCAACGACCACUUGAAAAGAUUCAUGGUCUACGAGGAUCUCUCAGCCUCCUCUCUCAACGCAUUUCCUCCGCGGGUGUUUCCUUCCCCAACUCGACAGACGACGUUGCAGGAGUGGAUUUUGCCGAGUGAGGUUUGGCACUCGAUGAGCGACGAGGAGGUGAUGUGGAGGGCGUCCAUGGCUCCUCGUAUCAUGGAACCACCUUUCAAUCGAACUCCCAAAAUCGCCUUCAUGUUCCUGACGAGGGGGAGACUGCCAUUGGCGCCGCUGUGGGAGAUGUUCUUCGAAGGAAAUGAAGGGCUCUUCUCCAUCUACCUCCAUACGCCGCCCGACUCCACCUAUCAACCUUCCGAGUCAUCGCUAUUCUACAAGCGUACAAUACCGAGUAAGUCUCCUUCGUCUCCUUUGUCUCUGUCAUUAUUUUCGCUAUCGAAAGUGAUUCAGAAGAAUUUAGAUGAGUUGGUCCAAUGGGGAAAAUCGAGUAUGAUCGACGCAGAAAGGCGUCUUUUAGCAAACGCGCUUCUCGACUUCAGCAACGAGAGAUUCGUUCUACUAUCCGAAUCAUGCAUCCCUAUAUUCAACUUCUCCACCGUCUACAACUACCUCAUCAACUCCAACCAAAGCUUCCUCAGCGCCUUCGACGACCCCCGCCCGAUAGGCCGGGGCCGCUACAACCGGCGGAUGGGGCCCACCAUCGCCCUACGCGAUUGGCGCAAAGGCUCCCAGUGGUUCGAGGCCAAUCGGGAGCUUGCCCUAGCCAUAGUAUCGGACGUCACCUACUACCCUAUUUUUAGAAACUUUUGUGCGCCGCCGUGUUACAUGGACGAGCACUACUUUCCAACUUUGGUAACUAAAGUUUGUCCUAAUUUGACAUCGAAUCAGACCGUUACUUGGACCGAUUGGUCCGGGGGCGGUUCGCAUCCUACUAUGUUUAAGGCAAAUGAUGUAAGUGAAGGGUUCCUCAACCGGGUUCGGCUUGGGUCCAAUUGCACCUACAAUGGCGAGGUUAGCUCGGUUUGCUACCUUUUUGCUAGGAAGUUUCAUCCUAAUACUCUGCAACCUCUGCUUAGGAUUGCCCCAAAAUUGCUAGGAUUUCAUUCUUAAAUUUGAUUAUUUAACCUUUGAGUGUUAGUUUUGCCAAAUGAAAAG